CGUCAUUUUCUCUCUUUGUCACAUGAUACAUUGAACCAUCCUUAGGCAAGUAAGCAACCCUUGGAGGAUCUCAAAGGGUCUCACACUCUAACCCCUCGAUGAUUCCCAAGUUGUCAUCAAACCCUUUCAUAUCCUUCAAUUAACAAUUUGCCAAAAACCUUAAAUUAAGCCUCUCACACCAAAUUACUCACCCCAAUUUAUUUUGCAAUCAAUCAAAAUAUUACUUCUAUUGGAAAGAAAGAGUAAAUGGCAACUCUUUCUUCACCUCAUUGCGCUUCUUCUUCUUCUUCUUUCUACUCAUCAUCAUCAUCAUAUUCUUAUUCUUCAUCAGAAUCUCGACAUGGGUCUUUUGGAAUGGUUAAAAUUUCUUCGAUUUCAAAAAAACCUGCCCAGAAAAAAUUGGUUUCUACACAACAAAAUCGAAAAAACCCAAAUUCAAAUGCUGUUCGUAUGCAAGAUGGUGCAGUUGCUACAAAAAUAACUCCUGUUGAAGGUGAAAUUACAUCAAUAAAGACAUUGAAAGAUGGGAUAUUAUCAGCCACAUCUUUACAGGAAAACAAUGAUUUGUCUGGGUUUGAUGUGAAGAAAGAUGAGUCAACUGUCAGUAUCACUGUUGUUGGGGCCUCUGGUGACCUUGCCAAGAAGAAGAUAUUUCCUGCACUUUUUGCUCUUUAUUAUGAAGAUUGUUUGCCUAAGCACUUCACUAUAUAUGGAUAUGCAAGGAGUAAGAUGACUGAUGACGAACUUAGAAACAUGGUCAGUAAGACUCUUACUUGCAGGAUUGACAAGAGGGAAAACUGCGGUGAAAAAAUGGAGGAGUUUCUUAAGAGAUGUUUCUAUCAAGCUGGACAGUAUGAUUCUAGGGAAAACUUUGCAGAGCUAGACAACAAACUCAGGCAACAUGAGUCUGGAAGGAUCGCUAAUCGCCUAUUCUAUUUGUCGAUUCCACCAAACAUCUUCAUAGAUGCAGUGAGAUGUGCAAGUUUAUCAGCAUCCUCUGCAAAUGGUUGGACCCGGGUCAUUGUAGAGAAACCUUUUGGUCGGGACUCAGACUCUUCUGCUGCUUUGACUAGAGGGCUUAAGCAAUACUUGAAGGAAGAUCAGAUUUUCAGGAUAGAUCACUACCUCGGGAAGGAACUUGUUGAAAACUUGUCCGUUCUUCGCUUUUCCAACCUUAUCUUUGAACCCUUGUGGUCGAGGCAGUAUAUAAGAAGUGUUCAGUUAAUAUUCUCUGAGGAUUUUGGGACUGAAGGACGUGGCGGGUAUUUUGAUCAUUACGGUAUAAUUAGAGAUAUAAUGCAGAACCAUUUGCUACAAAUCUUGGCUCUCUUUGCCAUGGAAACUCCUGUUAGCUUGGAUGCAGAAGAUAUCAGAAAUGAGAAGGUUAAAGUUCUUCGGUCUAUGAGGCCCUUGCAACUUGAUGAUGUGGUAAUAGGACAAUACAAGAGUCACACAAGAGGGGGUGUUACUUACCCUGGCUAUACGGAGGACAAGACUGUACCCAAAGACAGCUUAACCCCAACAUUUGCUGCAGCUGCCUUGUUUAUAGACAAUGCGAGAUGGGAUGGUGUGCCUUUUCUUAUGAAAGCUGGAAAAGCACUGCAUAAUAGGAGGGCUGAGAUAAGGGUUCAAUUCAGGCACGUACCUGGGAAUUUAUACAGCAGAAAUUUAGCUACACAUCUUGAUCAGUCGACGAAUGAGCUUGUUAUCCGAGUGCAGCCUGACGAGGCUAUUUAUUUGAAGAUCAAUAACAAAGUUCCUGGUUUGGGCAUGAGAUUGGACCGUAGCACUCUCAAUCUUCAUUAUGCAGCAAGGUAUGCAAAGGAGAUUCCAGAUGCCUAUGAGAGGCUUCUACUUGAUGCAAUAGAAGGAGAAAGGAGGCUGUUUAUCCGCAGUGAUGAACUUGAUGCUGCUUGGUCACUCUUCACACCGCUUUUAGAAGACUUAGAACAGAAAAAAGUUAAUCCCGAGUACUAUCCCUAUGGAAGUAGGGGUCCGGUUGGGGCGCACUAUCUUGCUGCCAGAUAUAACGUUCGAUGGGGUGAUCUUGGCUCAGAGCAAUAAGUCUUCAAUUCCUCAUAUAUCCAUAUUGCUGUAUUGAAGAGUUGCAUCAUCACCGCAUGAGGUAAAACAUUUGCUUGACCAUAUAGGAUAGUGUAAUAGAAGAACGGAUGCUGCUACGAAAUGGAGCUCCAAUCAAUCUUUGGUUUUUCUUUCUUUUGGUCCAUGUUGGAUGAUUUUUAUUGUGCAAUAAUUGGUAGACUAGGAAGUGGGUCAAUUCUUUGUUGUACAAAGCCUUUAAGAAUCCGGUUUUAUUGUACUCUUGUUGUUUAUUUUAUGUUGCAUAAUUAUUUGAUAUAUGAAGACA